UGAGAGAAGAUCAAGAAACGGAGAAUCCCACCAGCUCCUCUUGUGCCCCACAGCCUCUGCACACGAUUUAUAUCCGCUUUCAAGACACGAAAAACAGAAAAAACCAGAAGAAGAAUUAACACCGGCAGACCAAAAUGUCGUGGCAAACCUACGUUGAUGAUCACCUGAUGUGCGACAUCGACGGCAACCACCUUACAUCCGCGGCCAUCAUCGGUCACGAUGGCAGCGUCUGGGCUCAGAGCGAAACUUUCCCUCAGUUUAAGCCUGAGGAGAUUACUGGUAUUAUGAAUGAUUUCAAUGAGCCUGGAUUUCUUGCUCCUACUGGGUUAUACCUUGGUGGCACAAAGUACAUGGUUAUCCAAGGAGAGCCUGGAGCAGUGAUCCGUGGAAAGAAGGGCUCUGGAGGUGUCACUAUAAAGAAAACUGGCCAAGCUCUGAUUUUUGGCAUCUAUGAAGAACCCUUGACUCCAGGACAGUGUAACAUGAUUGUCGAGAGGAUGGGAGAUUACCUUGUUGAUCAGGGCCUCUAGAUCUCUUCUUGAAUGCAUGAUUUCCUUGUUUUUAUUUUUGGUUUUGGGUUUGCAUCUUCUUCCUUCUAUGGCCAUGCACUGGUGCUGGAGUUGUUGCAGGAAAAAUAACCGAGUGAGACAGAGAGUUGUUUUUUGGUGUCCUAGAGUCAGUUUCUUAUCAUCUAUUCCGCCCAUGUUGUCAUAAAUUGUGUAUUCAUCCUCCCACUGCUUUGCUCCAACUGAGUUUGCAGUUUGAAGUUUUGAAUGGUUUGGGAUUUCCUCCUCUUUAUGAUAAAUUAUAUUGUUGAUUUCUUUAAUCAAUAAUAUUCCCUGUUUAUGUGAUAGCAUCUUAGUGUUCUAUCACUGAGGUGGAGGAUAUUCUUCCUCAGGAAAAAGCCUCAUAACUGAAGAAGCUCGAAUGUUUGGGGUGCCUACAAAUUCCUCUAAGAUUCACGGCAGAUUUUGGUGAUCUCCAUUGUCUAUUGGAUUGUAUUGGUGAACUGUUUCUGUUUUGUAAUUAAAAUGUGAGAAAACUAUAGGGUUUGAUGCA